GGAAGUUCUUUAUGAAGCAAAGCUAGCUUGCGGCUGAGGGGUUUCUCUCCUGCAGCUGGUGUAGCCCAUUAUGAUUCAAUUGUUCCGUACAGCUGCCGCCAUUGUUAGCAUGCAUCUUAGCUAAGUCUAACUGGGCAAGGAAGCUGAGCUGAGCUGAGGGUGGGCUUAGGAUUUCUGCUCAAACUACAUGAAAUAAGUCUUGAGUCCCAGAUGUGUUCACUGAAUGGUGCCCGAAAAGAUUCUGCUGAUUGCCAGCAGUCAGUAGGAGGGGGCGACGCGAUGGGACCCAACCCGUGCACGGUGGGGGAGCACCUGCAGAUGACUCUGGACUGCCACAAGACCUCCAUCUGCCCGCAGACGGGGCUGCGGUCUCUGGGGGCGCUGUGUGAGACGGACGCGCUCCUCCUCCAGCUGCGCACGGGUCUGAUGGGCCUGGUGGAGGGCGACACGGUCUGCAUGCACCACGAGAAGCUGUUCGUGGAGCGCUACGAGCACACGCAGCGCGUCUGCUGCAACCCCUUCAGCUGCCACAAGAAAGCCGUGCGCAAGGGCCUGAGGCCCAUCGACCUGGACGAGGCCUCCUUCCUCACCGACCGCUUCGCCCUGCAGUUUGUGCCCGGCUGGAAGCUCUGCACGCGCUGCGCCCAACUGCUCAACGGACACGCCGACCUGGAGGUCGAUUUACGGCAGAGGCGGAAGCGGGAUAGGGAAGGAAGGACGGCAAAAGCUUUGAAAUCACUAGAAUUUGCCAACCCUGGCCGCCAAACGGACUUUGCCUCUGACAGUAACCGGAGAGACAAGAGACGGGUGGCUAAACUGUCCUCCAGUGACAGGCAGACCAUGGGGGGUGGGAAGAGCAAGGUGUAUGACAGCCGGGGCCUGCUGAUGGCCAGCGGGCGGGAUAUGUGUGACUGCCUGGACGUGGACUGCAUGGGCUGCUUCUACCCCUGCCCCGACUGCACCUCACGCAAGUGCGGCGUGGAGUGCCGCUGUGACCGCAAGUGGCUGUACGAGCAGGUGGAGGUGGAGGGCGGGGAGAUCAUCCGCAACAAGUACGCCAGCUGAGCCUGGCCGAACGCAACCCGUUACGGCUUCCUGUUUCUGCUCCAGCGCCUUCCUGUUUCUGUUCCAGCGCCUUCCUGUUUCUGUUCCAGCGCCUUCCUGUGCGACCAGGGGCCACGUUCCGCAGGCUUCAGUUCAUCUGUUUCAGUCUUGUUUGAGUAGUUUUUUUCAUCACAUAGUUCUGGAUUGUGAGCAGUUAAUCGCCCAUUCAUUUGAAUAACACUAUUUAAUGGCUGCUGGUCAAGUGGUCCACUGAGAGUACCAGUCUUCAGAUUUUUGUAUUUUAUUUAACUAGCAAUUUAUGUUGUGCAAUUUCUGUUAAUAAAAACGAUAUGUCGGUUA